UGACCGGCUUAAAUCAAAACAAAAACAACAAGGAGCAAAAGAAAGCGAAACAAUAUAUCGGCCAAAUGAUGGAUUCACCACUCAAUUUGGAUAAAAGAAAUAUACUCUGAGAGAAAAUACUUAUACAAUGUCAAUGUCAUAGAUCUACAUCUAAUGCAACCAAAUAGCCUCAGAUCUCUCCAAAGAAAAUGAAAUUUUAUCACACCUGAUGACUGGAUAAUAAAAAGAUUGUAAGGAUCACUAGGGAAGCCAGUAUUAUUUAUAGGAAGUUUACAGGCUCACCAGCAAGGAAGGAAAGCCGACAUGUUGUUAAAGUCAGGAAAGUAUGAAGAAGCUAUCACUUGCCAUAACAGAGCUGCAGAAUAUUUACUAGAAGCGAUGCAGCAAACAAAGUAUUCUACAGCUCUUGAUUCUCUCCAGUUACAACAUGCACAUCACCUAAAACAGACGGACAAACUGUAUGACAGGCAGAGACGAGCUCUUAUGUUACAGAUUAAACAGAACAAAUUACAGCUUUGUCACCAGUCUACACAAACUUACAUUCAGGGACCAGUGGUACCAGCAAGUACGGAAUCAUCUAGUACAUUCCAAAACUCUCCGCCAGGAACCAGUCCACAGCAUUUAGUUGAAAUGCAUUCUGGGAUGGAAAAUCCAUCUCCACUCGACGAGGAUUCCAUUUAUAGAACUUUGACUGAACAGGAUUCUCUGAUUGGUCUAUUGCUGAGGCGGAAACAAAACCUCAGUGGUAAUACAUCAUUCCAUUCUGGUGUUCCGGUGGAGAGGGUUUUCUACUCUAAAUCAGGGGAGGCAAAUCAGGGGAACAAGGUUGAAAAAGAGACAGAAGACUUGAGAUUUCAUAAUGAAGAUUUGAGAAAACAUGUGCAACAGUUACUCAAGGAGGUUGAAGAUGUCAAGAAAGAAAAUAAACUGUUGAAAGAGAAACUAGAAGGGACACAGCCAAUAUUUAGUGAUGUAGGGGAUUGCGAUAUACAUCUCAUUCCUGAUUUACCUCCCCUGGAAAUGCCUCAGUUUGAUCUUGACCUUCUUGAACAGGAAAAUAAGAAAAAGGCUGAUGACUCUGAAACAGAUGUAUUUGGGAUGUCUCCUUUAUAGCCAAUACCUCUCUGAUAUAAUUGUUAAAAACCCAGAUUUUAUUCUGGUCAUCAGUGUCAAUGAAAAACAUCUCGUAGCCAUGGCAAGAAAAAAUUUAAAACUGCUCUGUCUGUAUUUAGAGCGAAUCGAAUAUCUAUAUUAACAUGGCUCCAUGGACAAAUAUGUAUGACACAUGAGGUUACAAUUUCUAAUGGACUAGCAUAGCAAUGACAUGGCAUAAAGGUGAGACAUUCCAGAGGUACCAACGUCUGUUGGUUGUAGUUGUUUACACAUGCAUCACAUUAACAUCAUCAUAUGAAAUACAUGUAAUUUACAAGUUGUUACCAUGGCAAGCAUGCAUUGUGAGGCAACAUUAAAAUGUUUGCUAUUUAAGCAGACAUCUUCGGGUGACUGUUUUGUUGAUUUUUACUUCAAAACAUUACACCAUUGGAUCAAUUAAAACAAAACUGUAAAUGUAAGAUAUAAAUUUUGGUUUUGUAAUUUUCUUUUGGGGGUGAAGGACAAGGCUGCAUAUAAUGAAUGAACUUCAAACUUACCCAAAUAUUUUAUACUUAAAUUUUUGUGUAAGCCACUUAACAUGAUUUACUGCAAGCUCAUUUAAUUUUGUAGGCACAAAAUUUCGUGGUUUUUGGUCAAAUCUGCAAUUUUGUUUUGGUAUAAUUUAUGGAUUUCAACUUUUGAAUUUGUUAGACUAAAAGUAGUGGAUUAGCUCAACCACAAAAUUCAUGAAAAUUAGUCUGUCAUGAAUAUCAAUUACCCUGCUUAAUUUCUAUAAUGAACUUGUCCAUCUUUCAAUAUGACCAGUACCAUAACUGUUAAAAGGGGUGCAUACCAAAAAGAUACUGACUGAAUGGCGAACAGUGCAGGUCAUGAUCAGACUUCAUGGAUGUGCAGGCUGAUCAUGAUCUACACUGGUCGCAAAGGCAGAAUCAGUCGUGUCCAGCAUGAUAAGGGUUAAUGAUUUCACUAUAUUUAUUAAUCAUACUAAUUCACAUACAAGACUUUUACCUCCAAAGGAAGUUAUGAGGUGCUUUUCUGUGUACACUUCCAGUUCUGAUUAUACAGCAGUGAUAUGUCUUGUAACAUCUCAGUAGCCUAUUGAAAAUCGUAAAACUUGUGCAUUUGUUAACUGCCAUGCAUUUAGUAACCAAAUUUAUUAAAGUUAAAAGAUGUGCAUUCCCUUUGUUGAUGUUAGACUUGGCAACAUCUUUAGUGAAAUAUGCUUAUUUAAGAUAUGUUUGUUGUUCAGUGAUGAGUAAAUGCGUAUACAUUCAUCUCAAUAAUUGGAAAUGAAAGUGAAUUUUUUUAUAUUUAUUAUGUUAUAGGUUAUUAGAUUUGUAUUGAGAAAUACGUACGCGUUCUUUUAUGGAGGUAUUGCACGACUUUAUAAGCACAAUAUUAUUCUGUAAAAGAUCAAGUCAAUAUUUCUCAAUACAGAUCCAACAAUGUCUUUAUUGCAUACGCAUAUAUAUAGAUACAGUAAUUGUUAUAUACAUAUAAAUUUAUUCUUUAGCCUGGGUGAAAUUAAAAAUAUUGUUAAAGUGAUGCGACUCACCUGGUUUGAAAUUUGCUAGCCAUUAUUGAAAGAUAUUGACAUCUGUAAUAUUGUAAGUACACGGAGCCUGAAAAUGUGUUGUUGAUAGAUUUGCUGAUAGCAUUCAAUGUUAUGUAAAACUCUUGUAAGUGGACCACCUGCCCCUGAAAGUCAAAGUUAGUCGAGUGCAGCAAAUCUAACUACCGGUAACAUCAAAUUUCAGUUAUUAAAGAAAUUCUUUAUUUAAGCAUUUACAUUGAUACUGAAUAUUCUACAGUGUAACAAUGUAUGUGAAAUAUUUAAAAUGAAAAAAAAACUUAAAAUGAAUCUGUAAGUUUGUAUAAUAAAACUUACCCAGGUUAUCAGUGUGCACAAGCUAACACUUGAACAUUUGUAACUUGAUUUGAUUAUUUCUUUGAACAAUUUCAAGGCUAUGUAGAAUCUGUAAGCUGAUAACACUCCAUUUAAACUUCAUUUUGUUGGAUUAGUUCUGUUGCUAUUUUUGUUAUCCCCCGACGAAAGUCGGAGGGAUAUAGUUUUGGCGUUGUCCGUCCGUCCGUCCGUCCUUCCGUCCGUCUUUCCGUCCGUCCGUCCUUCCGUCUUUCCGUCCGUCCGUCCGUCCGGAGCCAUAUCUAGGAAAUGGUUGGGAAUAUUUAUUUAAAACUUCAUAUACAUGUUCACCACAAUGAGUUCUUGCGGCCCGUCAAGUUUCAGUCAGAUUGCCCAAGUAACACCAGAGUUAUGGCCCUUAGAAGUUUCUAGUGUUAACUAUAUAGGGUACUAUAAAUAUGGCAAUUUCUGCAUCAUAACUUUUGAUAUAUUUGACCUAGAACUAUGAAACUUAAACAGAAUUUAGAUCACCAUAAUGUGGUUGUGUACACACAAUUUCAUUUGGAUUUAUUUGUAAAUUAAGAGUUAUUGCCCUUUAAUUGUAUAAAAAUCCACAUAUUUGUACAUAACAAACUUACCAUUUGGUAGAAUUUCAUUAAAUUUCUUUCAUUCUUUUCCAUGAACAUUUAUUGUAAACAUGUGAAGUUGUGUACCCACACCUGGUCACCCCCUUAGCUUGAUCACCCCAUCCCCCGACCCCCCCCCCC